UUGUUUUAUCUUUUAUUGUUUUCAUUGCACGUGAGUUGCCGGUCAAGUACAAAGUAACUGUUUUUGUUUUCUCGUGAAGUGACAAGUGGAAUUGAAAAUUAAUUUUUCGAUUUCAUUAUGAGUAGUAAAGCACAGCCCCCUGAGCUUAAGAGGUACAUGGAUAAAAAACUUCAUAUUAAAUUGAAUGGAGGUCGUCAUGUUGUUGGAGUUCUACGAGGUUUUGAUCCAUUUAUGAAUCUGGUCCUUGAUGAUGCCGUUGAGCAGCAGAAGAAUGGAGAGAACAAUGAAAUUGGAAUGAUUGUGAUCCGGGGGAAUAGCAUUGUAUUGCUAGAAGCAUUAGAUCGAGUGGCCUGAUUUUAAAUCCUUUUUCAUUUGGACAUUGUUUCUCAUGCCAUCAUUUGUUUGUUGCAUUAAUCAAUAAAUUUUUUGAAUGUAA